AUUCCAAUCCACAGAUCCACCCCCAAACAGUUUUCGAUCUUCUACUUCACAAACCUCUCGUUUCCCUGCAAUCCGUAUCUUUCUCAUCAGAAGUGGAAAAUGGGCCAGGGAACUCCCGGCGGUUUGAACCGGCAACUCCCCGGAGAUCGUAAAAAUGAAGACAAGAAGGAUAAGAAGUUUGAGCCGGCAGCGCCGCCUGCACGAGUUGGUCGGAAGCAGCGGAAACAGAAGGGGCCGGAAGCUGCUGCUCGGCUUCCAACGGUUACUCCGCUUUCCAAGUGCAAACUAAGGCUCCUGAAGCUUGAACGGAUCAAGGACUAUCUACUGAUGGAGGAAGAGUUCGUAGCUAAUCAGGAGCGGUUGAAACCUCAGGAAGAAAAGACUGAAGAGGAUCGAUCCAAGGUCGACGAUCUUAGGGGCUCACCUAUGAGCGUCGGAAAUCUCGAAGAGCUAAUCGAUGAGAACCACGCCAUUGUUUCUUCUUCAGUGGGGCCGGAAUACUAUGUGUCUAUUCUAUCUUUCGUGGAUAAAGAUCAGCUCGAGCCUGGAUGUGCAAUUUUAAUGCACAAUAAGGUUCUCUCUGUUGUCGGGCUUCUCCAAGAUGAUGUUGAUCCUAUGGUUUCAGUGAUGAAGGUUGAGAAGGCACCACUGGAAUCAUAUGCCGAUAUUGGUGGACUAGAUGCACAAAUUCAGGAGAUCAAGGAAGCAGUUGAGCUUCCUUUAACACAUCCCGAGCUGUAUGAAGACAUAGGUAUUAGACCACCUAAGGGAGUUAUUCUCUAUGGAGAGCCUGGCACUGGAAAAACAUUGCUUGCAAAGGCAGUUGCUAACUCAACCUCUGCGACUUUCUUGCGGGUUGUUGGAAGUGAAUUGAUACAAAAGUAUUUGGGGGACGGUCCCAAAUUGGUCAGGGAACUAUUCAGGGUUGCAGAUGAUCUCUCACCAUCAAUUGUCUUCAUUGACGAAAUUGAUGCAGUUGGUACCAAAAGAUAUGAUGCACACUCAGGAGGUGAGCGUGAGAUUCAGCGUACCAUGUUGGAACUGCUUAACCAGCUGGACGGUUUUGAUUCAAGGGGAGAUGUUAAGGUUAUCCUCGCCACUAAUAAGAUUGAGAGCCUUGAUCCCGCCCUACUUCGUCCAGGUAGAAUUGACCGGAAGAUUGAGUUUCCACUUCCCGAUAUUAAAACCAGGCGUAGAAUUUUCCAGAUACACACGGCAAGGAUGACAUUGGCUGAUGAUGUCAACUUAGAAGAGUUUGUGAUGACAAAGGAUGAGUUUUCUGGAGCUGAUAUCAAAGCAAUUUGUACCGAAGCUGGUUUGCUUGCUCUUAGAGAGAGGCGUAUGAAGGUGGUGCAUGCUGAUUUCAAGAAAGCAAAAGAUAAGGUCAUGUUUAAGAAGAAAGAGGGAGUCCCAGAAGGGCUUUACAUGUAGUAGACUAGUAGUCUCUUAUUGUCAUUUGAUCCCAAAAAUAUUUUGUACUGUGGCAAGUUUUAAUGACUUCUUUUAUCCAUGUGGGUAAUUUGUGCGAAAACAUGCAACUCUCUGUCUCAGUCUAAGAACACUCCGGGUUUUCACUAUAUGAAGUUCCAUUGCUCUUUUUUUCUUAUUCCUUUCUUGGUUUCUGGGACGGUAAAGGAGCAGACCUCCCGGUUUAUUCUGUCACUCAAAGGUUUAACUCUUAAGUUCUUUUGCCUCUUGUUUCCAUUAUAAUCCAAUCACUAUUCUUCAUGCUUACAGACUUACAGUCGAUCUUCCUAUUAACGCUAUCAGUUAGUGAAAUUCAAUUGUUUGUAUGUUCU